AUCGGAUAAUAAUAAAAUGAUGAUCAUAAGAGUGAGUGUACAAGGCUGUCCAGGGCUAAACACGUGUGGAUGUCCUCCACCAAAGAACCAAUGGCUUCUUUCUAUUUUAGCUUUCAGUCGAUGGUACAAGUAUUCUCAUUCACCUGCUGCUAGAAGGCUGGCAUGCAGGACCAGAUAUCAACUGUCUUGUCCUCUGUCCUGUUCUCUAAUCAGAAGUCACAAAUGAACCACCUGCUGGAGCUGAGGCUCAAGCGCCAGAUCAUCUGUAAGCUGGAGAUGGAGAUGGUGAUUGCGUAUGGAUCCUUGGGUUACGGAUACUCCCACCAGUUGAAGCACCCAACGAGAAACAUGGAGAGCCUAGUGGAGCGCUCUCUCUUCCUCCGCCGUCCACCACCGGACGACCGCAAAGACCAUCACUAGUAAGACACGGACACACUCAAAUACUGUACAUGAAUUCUUAACUAUUGACAUUCUGACACUGUGACCCUUUUGUGAG